CUUCGGCCAUCGCAUUUAUAGGUUUUGGAUUAUACGUCUUCAUCCGUGGAUUAUAUCUUCUUCGCUUCGAUCCUUCUAUGGUUUUCUUCUUCUAGGCAAAAACUACGACCAAUUGGUUUUGUUGAGGAGCUGCUCAAUAGAAAGACAGUCUGGCAGUCGUUUUUUUUGAAACGGCUUUCUUGCCAACCAAAUCUGGAUCCUUGUUCAGCACUCAUCUUUUUGAAUCUGAUUGAUGACGGGAGUUUGGGUGGAAGGAGAUGGUCCUCCUGGUAAAGGGUCUACAGUACACAAUAACCAAGGCAAGCAAACUGAGCAGCACAGAGUAACAGGUGGAGGAGGAAGACAUGUGGUCUCUGAGGAACACGAGUCAAGGUUCCAUGAAGUUGCUGAUGAUAGGAAUGACACACACAGAGGUUUAGUGAAGGCUGUUCCUCAUACACAUCAGCAACAUCCUCUGGCCCAUGCAGUUCGUUGGGAGCGUUUUCUGCCUCUUAGAUCUCUCAAGGUUUUGCUUGUGGAAAAUGAUGAAUGUACUCGUCAUGUAGUUAGUGCACUGCUUCGGAACUGCAGUUAUGAAGUUACAGCUGUUGCAAAUGGAGUGGAUGCAUGGAAUGUUUUAGGUGAUCUAACCAACCACAUAGAUCUUGUUCUAACAGAAGUAGCUAUGCCAUAUCUGUCAGGCAUUGACCUGUUGUCAAAGAUUGUGAACCACAAAACUCACAAGAGUGUCCCCGUGAUCAUGAUGUCAUCAAACGAUUCUAUGGGAGUAGUGUUUAAGUGUUUGUCAAAGGGUGCAGUGGACUUUUUAGUGAAGCCUAUUAGAAAGAAUGAGCUUAAAAAUCUCUGGCAACAUGUUUGGAGGAAAUGCCACAGUUCAGGUGGGAGUGGCAGUGAAAGUGGUAUACGUAUCCAGAAGUCCACGAAGUCUAAAAGCAUUGGAGGUUCAGACGAUAGUAGUGAUGGCAAUGAUGAAAAUGGAAGCGAUAAUGGAAGUGGAACACAGGGUUCGUGGUCGAAUCAGGCCGUUGAAGGGGAAAACCCUCAGGCCAUGUUGCAAUGGGAUGAAUUAGCUGAAGCCCCUGACAGCACUUGUGCUCAGGCUAUUCAUUCAAGGCCAGAAGCAAACAUUUCAAACUGGGAUCCUAGAAUUUCUGCCAGAGAGCACCGAGAUGAGAAAGAUGGACAUGGAACUGCGUCAAUGGGAAAGGAUCUGCAGAUAGGAGUAGCAAGGACCCCAGAUUUACAGCCUAAUGCAGAGAAUGGGUCAAAAGAGGUGAAUAAGUUAUUGAUUGGAAAGCUAGAGGAGCUUAACACAGCUGAGUUACAGGGAAAGGAUAAUGCUGACAUUGAUGUUCCUACCGGUCCAUCCAAGGAAACAGGCAAGACAAAGGAUAUGCCUUCACUUGAACUUAGUUUGAAGCAACACAGAGAAGUUGUAGAUGCUGGAGUCACACUGCAAGAACGCAACGUGCUGAGGCAUUCAGACCAAUCUGCAUUCUCAAGGUAUGGUGGUGGUACUACUACUUCAACAUCUGCUAACCCUCAGGCAACCAUUGGAAAUGUCGGAAGCUGCUCUCCUGUUAAUGAUGAUGAUGAUAAUAAUAAUAAUAAAUAUAAUAAUAAUAGUAAUAAUAAUAAUAGCUCGGAAGCAGCAAAAGCAGGAUCAAUGCAUAACUCAAACAGCAUGCCUAAUCAGCGUUCUAGUGGUGGUAGUAACAACAACAAUGAUAUGGGCUCAUCAACCAGUAAAAGUUUAGCCAAGCCAUCAAAUACCCCUUUUGGAAAAGAUUCAGUAGCACAGGCAGCAUUGGUACAGUCAAGGGUGUUGAUGCAACAGCAACAGGUUCAAGUUCAGCACCACCACCACCAUUACCAUCAUCAUCAUCACCAUGUGCACAGUCAGCAACAGAAUGACUCUUUGCCCAUUAGAGAAAAUGGCGUGGAUGUUCCAAACCGCAUGUUAGGGGAUGAAGAAAACUACACGAGUGCAUCGGGGAGUAACAAUGGAAGCAAUGGGCAGAACGAGAGCAACACAGGUGUAGUUGGUGAUGAAACUAACAACAUGGAUGCUGAAGAUGAUGAGAUGGAUGCAAAAUGCACAGCUGGUGGUGGCGGUGGUGGGAAUGGGAGUGGUAGCGGGAGCAGGAGUGGAGUGAUGGACCAAAGCCGACAAACGCAAAGGGAAGCUGCCUUGUACAAGUUCAGGCAAAAACGAAAAGAGAGGAACUUUGACAAAAAGGUUCGGUACCAAAGCAGGAAGAGAUUGGCAGAACAGAGGCCGCGUAUCCGGGGACAGUUUGUGAGCCAACAGCCUUCUUCUUCGUCCGAUCCUAACAAUAAAA